CUGCACAGCUCCAACAUGGCUCCGCGUCUGUGCAGCAUCUCUGCGGCGGCGCGGCGGCCUGGGGGCCCAGGGCUUGGUGCCCGGGACACUGCGGCUGUGGCUGCGGCGCGGUUCUAUUCCAAGGACAAUGAAGGCAGCUGGUUCCGUUCCCUCUUCGUACACAAGGUGGAUCCUCGGAAGGAUGCCCACUCUACCCUGCUGUCUAAGAAGGAGACCAGCAACCUCUACAAGAUCCAGUUUCACAAUGUGAAGCCCGAGUGUCUGGAUGCCUACAACAGCCUGACGGAGGCCGUGCUGCCCAAGCUGCACCUGGAUGAGGACUACCCCUGCUCGCUUGUGGGCAACUGGAACACGUGGUACGGGGAGCAGGACCAGGCUGUACACCUGUGGCGAUUCUCAGGUGGCUACCCAGCCCUCAUGGACUGCAUGAACAAGCUCAAAAACAACAAGGAGUACCUGGAGUUCCGAAAGGAGCGGAGCCAGAUGCUGCUUUCCAGGAGGAACCAGAUGCUUCUCGAGUUCAGCUUCUGGAAUGAGCCACAGCCUCGAGCUGGCCCCAACAUCUACGAGCUGAGGACGUACAAGCUCAAGCCAGGAACCAUGAUCGAGUGGGGGAACAACUGGGCUCGGGCCAUCAAGUACCGGCAGGAGAACCAGGAAGCAGUGGGCGGCUUCUUCUCGCAGAUAGGAGAGCUCUACGUUGUGCACCAUCUCUGGGCCUAUAAGGACCUGCAGUCUCGGGAGGAGACCCGAAACGCUGCCUGGAGGAAGAGGGGCUGGGAUGAAAAUGUCUACUACACAGUCCCCCUGGUGCGACACAUGGAGUCUCGGAUCAUGAUCCCUUUGAAGAUCUCGCCUCUGCAGUGAUGCUGCUGCUGCCUCCCCCGCUCCAUCGGGGUAGCCAGGGACAAAGGGGCUUCCAGUCCUGCUGUCUUGGUUUCCUCUUGGAUCCUGUGGACUCUGGCGGGUAGUGCUCAGCUCAGACAAGGGAAAGCUGAAGGAUGAUGAGUUCUGAGGACUUAUAGUUCUGCCCAGACCCUUCCCAUCGUCCCCACUCACCCCUUCCCCUGUGUUGGAAGCAGUUUUUAUUUUAAGUUCUCUGAAUGAAGAAUAGCAACCUUUUAUGUCUUCUUACGGUUCCCUCUAAGAUGACUCAUCUCAAGGCCAGCAAUCCACAGUCUCACCCUGGAAAUCCUCAGUUUAGCUUUAGCUGCACAAAAGGUAGUGUGUCCAGUGGUUAGAGGUGGGGUAGAAAGAGAGAAGGUCAUACCAGGCCAGGCUCUCACAAAUUCUCUGGUUUCCACUCAGCCACUGAGCCAAGUCCCUCCUCCUGGAGAAAAGCCUAGAACUGCCCCAAGAAGCAAAAGGGAAAACCCUCAAAUUAGCAAAGUCCGCUGGACAUCCACAUAUUCCACCCAAUAUUCUACACAGAAAGGCUGGGAAAGGGGAUGGGAGCUGGGAGGAUCUGGGGGAGGGAAAAAGAAUGGAACAGGAACUCAGAAGGUAGAACUUAGGACUCAGAACUUGUGUUGGAACUGCAGAAUUUGGAAUAUAGAAUCGAGAAGAUAGGAGUUCCCAUUAUGGCUCCGUGGAAACAAAUCUGACUAGUAUCCAAGAGGAUGCAGAUUUGAACCCUGGCCUCGCUCAGUGGGUUAAGGAUCUGGUGUUUCCAGAUGUGAUGGUGCUGUGGCGGAGAUCACAGAUGUGGCUGAGAUCCCAUGUGGCUGUGGCAUAGGUCAGUAGCUGUAGUUCUGAUUCGACCCCUAGCCUGGGAACCUCCAUAUGCUACAGGUGUAGCCCUAGAAAAAGACCAAAAAGAAUUGGGAAGAUUGAACAGAGGUGACGAGACCUCUUGGGGAGUAAGUGUAAUACAAGACAGUUGCAGAGAGGCCCAUCUAUUCCCCAGACAAUGAUGUUGAGAACUUGAGUGGUUCUAGCCCUUCUGUGCAGGCAGCAUCUCCUGCCCUCCUUACUGCCCUCUGCAGCCAGAGCUACUGGGCUAGGUACCAUAUUUCCCUCACUCUGCAUUCCUCUUCUCCCUCUUCACAUUCUAUCAGCCCGACCCUCAUUCUCCUGGGCCAUUGGGUAUGUGGAGUGGGGUCAGUGACUUUGGGGGCUUCCUCAGUGACACCCACACCUCAUGAACCUCUGGGUAGCUUGAUUCUGCCUCCCUUUCAGGAAAACUUAUGCUGGUGUUGAUGGAACCAAUUAAAAUAUUUACUAUAAA